GGGGUCAGAUCGAAUUUCGUAAGUAAAUUGGUGAACUGGAAAAUCAAUAAUUUAUGGAAAUGUGAUAUCGUAUUUUGAGGUAAGACGGUGGUAUGUGGGCUCGUUAGAACGUCGUUAUAUUAGCUAGCUAGUGUUUCGUUAAACGUCAUUUGUCCCUCUUUUUAGCCAGGCAUUUGGCUUGCUAACGUUAGAUGCUAGCUCGCUAGGUUAACUUGCUAGCUAGCUGUUAUCCAGUCUUUGUUUUGUUUUUUCGUCGAGGAGAAUCGUCAUUAUUUCAUAACACAUGAGUGUGUCACUGGUCGUUAUCCGUCUGGAGCUCGCAGACCAGUCUCUUUCUCCACAGGAUUUCCAAUACACCGCUGUUGAGGAUAUGUCAGAGGAGGAUUUGCAGGAGAAAGCUCUGGGCUCAGCCAGGCUCUCUCUGAGUGGGAAGACAGAGCUGGAGAGAGCAGCAGUCCUACAACAGCACAUCGGCAGCAGAGCCAUGGGAGACAUGGUCAUCGAGACCUUCGCACCCAACCUUGAUAAAGAAGAGGGUGCGCAGGCCGAGGGACAGGAGGGUGGAGGAGCCCAGCUCCUAGAGUAUCAACCAGACGGGAGGGGUCCAACUGAGGACACUACUAAGGAGGGCCCUACGGAGGUCAGUGCCGAGGGCACAGAGGCGGCUCCAGACUCGCCCUCCAAGCAGCUUCCAGACCAGAUCUCCUUCUUCAGUGGAAACCCCUCGGUGGAGAUAGCCCACGGCAUCAUGCACCUCUACAAGACCAACAAGAUGACAUCACUGACGGAGGACAUGCGUCGCAGUGCCAUGCUGUGUAUCCUGACGGUCCCCUCCACCAUGACAAGUCACGACCUCAUGAAGUUUGUGGCACCAUUUUAUGAUGUCAUGGAGCACAUGAAGAUCAUACGAGACUCCACCCCUAACCAGUACAUGGUGCUGAUCAAGUUUAGUAGCCAGGCUGAUGCAGAUAGUUUCUACACAGCGUGUAAUGGCCGUACUUUCAACUCCAUAGAGGAUGCAGUCUGUCAGCUGGUCUAUGUGGAGAGAGCUGAGGUCAUCAAGUCUGAGCAGGGCGCCAGUCUUCCAGUGAUGGAGCUGACAGAGCUUCCUAAGUGUACCGUGUGUCUGGAGAGGAUGGACGAGUCAGUGAAUGGGGUUCUCACUACACUCUGUAACCACAGCUUCCACAGCCUGUGUCUGCAACGCUGGGAGGACGCCUCGUGUCCUGUGUGUCGGUACUGUCAGACCCCAGAGCCUGUAGAGGAGAACAAGUGCUUUGAAUGUGGAGUACAGGAGAACCUUUGGAUCUGUCUGAUCUGUGGUCAUAUCGGCUGUGGUCGCUACGUCAGUCGUCAUGCCUACAAACACUUUGAGGAGACGCAACACACGUACGCCAUGCAGCUCACUAACCACCGUGUCUGGGACUAUGCUGGAGAUAACUAUGUGCACAGGCUGGUGGCCAGUAAGACUGAUGGGAAGAUGGUUCAGUACGGGUGUGAAGGAGAAACCUGUCAAGAGGAGAAGAUAGACGCUCUGCAACUAGAGUACUCUUACCUGCUAACGAGUCAGCUGGAGUCCCAGCGCAUUUACUGGGAGAAUAAGAUUGUUCAUCUGGAGAAGGACACAGCGGAGGAGAUCAACAACAUGAAGGCAAAGUUUAAGGAGACCAUAGAUCGCUGUGAUAAUCUGGAGCGUCGGCUGGGAGAGCUGGCCAAGGACAAACAGAGCAUGGACAAGAAGUAUGGUCAGUUGUCGACCCGUGUGACAAAACUUGGUCAGGAGCUGAAAGAGGAACUGGAAAUGAACCACUGGCUGAGAGACAAUCAGGGUCAGCUACAGGCCCAGCUGGCUGAAGAGGAGCGCAAGGCUAGAGACACUGGCAAGCGUAAGGAUGGUGUGAUAGCAGAGCUCCAGGAGCAGCUGAGAGAUGUCAUGUUUUAUCUGGAGACCCAGCAGCAGAUAGAAGGUCUGCCUCCAGAGACCAGGACUGAGAUACAGGAAGGACACAUCAACAUCGGCGCAGCUGCCACUCCCGCCUCAGGACCCUCCACCGCCAUAGGCCGAGGCCGCAGGGGGCGGUCAAAAAGGGGGAAGUAGGAAGUAGAGAAGACACAACCAGGAAGUGGAGUGAGGAAGAGAUGUCGGUCAUCACUAGUUACCACAGCCACAAAGUCAUAAACCCCAGCUAUUUCUACAAUUUAUCUUCUUAAAAUGUGAUUUU